AUGAAGGAGGUAAUUGCUAAACAGAGGCCAAUGGGAGGAGAACCAGAAGUUGCAACUAAAAAGUGUGGUAUAGUCUCGCCAGCAAAAAAAAUCCCUAUCAAGAAGAAAGACCCUAGAGCGGUGGUGACACCGUGCACCAUCCAGGAGAGAAUGUUUAAAAGGGUACUCAUUGAUUCUGUUUCUAGUGUGAGUUUAAUGCCAUUGUCCAUUUUCAAAAAGCUUGACUUGGAAAAAAUAAGUGAGAGUGAGACUAAAUUAAAGUUUGCUGAUCACACCAUCAAGAAAUCAUAUGGUGUGGCUGAAGAUGUACAGGUGGAAGUUGGGACACUAACGGUAAAAUCCUUUGAUGAAGAGGUAACAUUGAAGAUGUUAGAAGUCAAGAAACAAAGUGCAAGUGGGUAUGAUCCAGCUUCUGUUGGUAUGAUCUAA